AUGGAGAAGGGCCCAGAAAACACAGUCCAGGUUGGGCUAAAAGGUGUAAGAGAGACAAGCUGUGCCCGGCUAGUCUGUGGGCAUCAGGGUGCAUCAGGACAACUACCAGCUCAUGGAGUUAUGGAUGAGAACACAGUUGGAGAUCCUCACCUGGCAGAUAAAGCUAUGGAGAAAGAAGCAAAGAAACUAG